AUGAAGCUCUCCAAGUCGGGCGGCACCACGCGGCCGCCGUUUCGCCCCGACCUCUUCACGGUCGAGGCGUACAAGGCCGGCAAACUGGUCGAGCUCAAGCCUCUCGGGAGCGGCUCAUUUGGGUCGGUGAUGAUGGUGGAGGACCGCACCACCGGCUCCCGUUGUGCGCUCAAGCGCAUCGACAUGCGUCAGCUGUCCCAACGCAAGCGGGCGCAAGCGCUCGCCGAAGCCGACAUGAUGCGCCAACUUGUCCACCCCUGCAUCUGUGGCUUCUACGGAUCGUUCAUCGACGCGGACAUUGUGCACAUUGGCAUGGAGCUGUGCUCGGGUGGCACCAUCGAUUCGUGGAUCGAGUCGCGCCGCGGUGCGAGCCUGCCGUCUGAGGUCAUCCUCGACUGCUUUCUGCAAGUUGCUGCCGGACUGCGGCACGUCCACCGCCGCAAGGUGCUACACCGCGACAUCAAGGCGUCAAACAUCUUCCUCUCGCGUCGCAAGGCACCCCCCGCCGGCCUAGAGAUGAAUGAGUCAGAAUGA